AAGACAGGAGGAAAAGGCACGAGUCGGUGGACUGGACCGAGAAACAAUACAGAGAUAGAAGAAGAGACACGGAGAGGAGCCUGAGAAGAGAAACAUCAAGAGGAGACACCUGCAGAGGCAGCUCCUGAAGAAGCGUUUGUGGAGCUGACGGAGGGAGGAGGUGGCGAGCCUCACUCACAGUUGGAUUGUAAAGGAAACAAACACACCCACCAACUUACUGCUGUUUACUCCUCUCAGCUCUCCCUCAGCUCCGGGCGGUCCCUGGAGUGUGUGUCUGCCUUGGUGUGCGUGGGUGUGUGUGUGUGUUUCUUUAUGUGUUGAUGAGUGUGUGGGUGUCUUGCAUCACUAUUGAUGGGACAUUGAGAGAUGUGUGUGUCACAGAGUCGGUGGAUGGGCUGUAGGGGGAUGUGCUCCCCCGCCCUCCCGCUGGUCCUCCUCCUCCUGCUCCCUCUGUCCUUCCUCUCCUCCACGCCUCCGUUUGCUCAGGGAGCCAUCGUCAUCCCCGAAAACUUAUUUCAGCCUCCGGUGCUGACAGAGAUGCCAAAAUCACACACAGUGUUUACUCUUGAUGACUUCAAUCUGGCCUGUGAGGCCACCGGGAACCCGACACCCACAUUCCGUUGGCUGAAAGAUGGCGAGUUGUUCGGAUCAGAGACUGAAGCAUCCGGAACGCUGAGAGGCGACAAUUCUUCCCUGGAUAUGUUAGAGGGUGAAUACCGCUGCUACGCCUCCAACAGUCUGGGGACCGCCAUGACACAAACCGUCAAAGUCAACGUAGAGCCUCAGCCAGUUCUCAUGAAACAAGAAGCCGUGCGUGUGCAAGGACUCGUGGGACAGAGUAUGGUCCUGUCCUGCAACCCUCCAAAAAGCUCGCCUCCUCCCAGCAUCCACUGGAUGAACAUAAAUUUGAUGCACAUUACUCGGAGUGAGAGAGUGACGAUCGGCCUGGAUGGGAAGCUGUACUUCGCGAAUCUCAUGAGGAGUGACAGCAAAGAGGACUACAUCUGCCACGCCCAGUACAGAGAGGCCAGGACUAUUCUACCUGCCACUGCUGUCUCCCUCUCUGUGAAGUCGAGUAACAGCGUCGCUCAUGGAGGAAAGCCCGAGUUCUUCCAUCAGAGGAACCACUCCCAAAUAUCAGCCCUCAAGGGGAACAGCGUCACCCUGGAAUGUUUGCCCAGAGGCCUACCCACACCUAAGGUGGAAUGGAAGAAAAAGGAUGGUGUCCUGGCAGACACAACCGGCCAAGUUAUUAACUUUGACCGCUGGCUCCACUUCGACAACAUCACCCUAGAUGACGACGGCGAGUACGAAUGCAAAGCCUCCAACACCCACGGCUUCAUCACGCGCUCCUUCACGGUCACUGUGGAAGCGGCUCCUUACUGGGUGAAGGAGCCUCAGAACCUGAUGUACACUCCCGGGGAAACAGUCCGACUGGACUGUCAGGCUGACGGCAUCCCGAGGCCCAGUAUCACCUGGAGGAUCAACGGUCAGCUGUUAACAGAAGUGGAUGAAGAACCUCGGCGCACGGUGACCGGAGGAACGCUCAUAAUGAAAGACGUGAACAUUGGCGACACGGCCGUGUACCAGUGUGAAGCCAAAAAUGACCACGGCUCCAUCCUCCUCAACACCUACCUCUACGUUGUCGAGCUCCCCCCUCAGAUCCUGUCCCCUGAUGGGUUCAUCUACAACGUCACCAAGGGCCGAGACGCCGCACUGCACUGUGAGUCUUUUGGCUCGCCACGACCCCGCGUCACAUGGGACCGGGAGGACACCGGUGCUCUGCUGUCGGACCCUCUGCUGUAUCCUCGUGUCUCCAUUCUGACCAACGGGACCCUCAAGCUGUCCGACGUCAGCCACAACGACAGCGGCGAGUACAUCUGCUCCGUACAAAACACCAACAUCUCCAUCACGGCCAAGCUGGACGUCUUCCGUCCAAGUGAGAUACUGACGAGCCCCCAGGCUGUUCGUGUUGUCCAGGGAGAGAGCGCUUUCCUGGACUGUGACGUCGACACCGAUCCUCGGCUGAGGGAUUACCAGGUUGUCUGGAAGAAAGCAAAUCGGAAACUAGAAGAGACAUCAGAUAAUGACAAGUACACCUUCUUCAAGAACAACACGCUGAAAGUGACAGACGUCCAAUUAAACGACAGCACAGAGUAUUCCUGUGAGGUCAUCACUAAAGUGGACAACGUGAUUGCACAGAGCUCCAUCACUGUCAUAGCAAAACCGGACCCUCCCAGUGGUCUGACUCUGUCUAAUGCUGAGGGGGUCAGUGUGACUCUCAGCUGGAGCCCAGGACUCUCCCACAACAGCCCCAUCACAGAGUUCAUCAUACAGGCUCGGGAGGAGUACCACACGGAGGAGAGGAAGUGGACGUGGGAGGAACUGAAAAAAGUGCCAGGCGACUUCAACCACGUGGAGCUGACCCUGCAUCCAUUCUCCACCUACCGAUUCCGUGUCAUUGCCAUCAACGAGGUUGGCAGGAGCAGACACAGCAACCCCUCAGACCACCACAGCACGCCACCUGCUGCUCCCUCCAUCAACCCUACAGGAGUGCGCAGUAACUCCUCAGAACCAGGGACACUGAUCAUCACGUGGGAUGAGAUAGACAAGCGUUUCCAUAACGGCCAGAACUUCCAGUACGAGGUGCUGUGGAGGGAGGCCGACGGGUCAAAUGUAAACUGGAACUCCGGCCGUGUGAGGUCUCCACCGUUCAUAGUGAACAACACAGGAACGUACACACCGUUUGAGAUCAAAGUCCGAUCUGUCAACGCCCUCGGAGGAGGACCGGAACCAGAGCCGGGGAUCGGGCACUCCGGAGAGGACAAGCCAGAGGAAGCUCCGACUGGAGUUUCAACCACCGUGAUGAACAGCACCAUCAGAGUGAGCUGGAACAAAGCCCGGAGGGUCCGAGGUCGGCUGCUGGGAUACAGGAUCUACUAUAAGAGGCUGGGUUCCAAGGCCGAGCGGAGGCGGAGGUCUCUCAGACAAUCCCAACAUGAGGAGGAGAGAGGAGAAAGAUCAACACAAUUGAGUGAGACAGAGGAGCACAGCUGGCAGGUGGAGGAGGUUGACCAUAGCAAGACCUCAGCGGAGGUGACGGGGCUGCGACUGUUUUCUGAGUAUGAGCUGACGGUCACUGCGUUUAACAGCAAAGGGGAGAGUCCUCGCUCCCCGCCGCACCACUUCCACACGCCGGAGGGAGUUCCUGGUCCUCCUGCAUCUCUGGAGUUUGAAAGCCCGACAGAAAAAUCCCUGAUUCUCUCCUGGAGCCCUCCAGCUGAGACCAACGGCAUUCUGCAGGGAUACAUAGUGCAGUACCAGCGGGAGGUGGAGAGCAAAAACAGUCCUGUGGAGAUACUGAAUGUCAAUGAUCCCAACGUAAAGCACAUCACGCUGGACAACCUGGAUCCCGACAGCCAUUACAUCUUCAAAGUGAUAGCACGCACAAAGACUGGAGAAGGCCCUCCCAUCACACGCAGGGGAGCCACUCUGCUUGAUGGAGAGCCUCCGAGAAACAUCACAGUAAUCUCUGGUAACGCAUCAGUCAACCUGAGCUGGGUGCCCGGAGAGAGAAACCGAAACCACGGCUUCCACAUCCAAUACCUCAAGAAGAGCGGAGGCGGUGGGUGGGAGAAGUCAGAACAGGUCAACACUACGCAGGGUUUCUAUACGCUGACGGGCCUCCAACCAGGAGCUCAGUACCACCUGAGGGUCAUGCAUGGAAACUCCACUUAUUGGCAAGGCGAGGCAAAGACUGUGGAACCACUGCCGUCAGAGAUAACCGGCAGGUUCGCCACCCAAGGCUGGCUGAUCGGACUCAUCAGCGCCAUCGUGCUGCUGGUUCUCAUACUGCUCAUCCUCUGCCUUAUCAAACGCAGCAAGGGCGGCAAAUAUGCAGUGAAGGACAAAGAAAGCAAGGAGGUGGACUCUGAAGCUCGGCCAAUGAAAGAUGAAGCCUUUGGAGAAUACAGAUCCCUGGAGAGCGAUGGCGAUGAGAAGCGCUCGGACAGCCAGCAGUCUCUGGAGGAAAGUAAGAUGGGCAGCGUCGACUCUCUGGCUGAAUACGGGGACAGUGUGGACAUCCAGUUCAACGAGGACGGCUCCUUCAUCGGCCAGUACAGCGGCCGGGCAUCUGUUCCCCACGGCAACGAGAGCUCGGGCCCCGCUUCCCCCGUUAAUGCAGUCCCGCCUCCCCCCGUCGCUCCCUCCAUGUCGAGCAUCCUAAACCGGCCCAGCUAGAGACACACAUGGCCACUGCAAAACACACACACACACACACACACAACUAUAACCAAAUGCAAAGGGACAGACAACUCCAGACUCCACUGCCUGUUACCACACGCACACACACACACACGCGCGCACACACACACACACACAGACACGCACACACACACACAAUGUCAGUACAUUCCAUUGGUUUAUGCAGUGAAGCUGUUUACAGGAUGUCUCACCUUUCAACACAAAGUUUACACACACACACAAAAACACACACACAUACAACCGCGUGAUUAGAAACUCGUACGAGCGAACAAACUGAGGUGAGGGCGAGAGCUGCACCAGCUGCUCCUGAGCUCACUGAGUCACGUUACAUGAGCUCAGUCUGUUUGCAGGAUUGUUACUGAACAUGUAAAACUUCUGAUUUUGUAACAGCUGAGAUGGUUGUUACAGUACUUGGAGACAGUUUAAGAGCUAUGAAACUUAAAUUAAAUUCAUAAUAAAGGGAUACAUUUUUAAAAACACAGACUAGUUCUAAUGCAGGAUUAUUAAUGAAUAUAUAAAAUUCUGGACUAACUUUUUGUAGUCAGUGACUACAAAGCAAACAGUUUGCUAGUCUGUUCGGAGCUCUGGAAGAACCAAGUGACAGCUGAUUGGCUAACGGUGAAUAUCAGCUUAAACAUAAAAAUAAAAUAAUAAAGCUUAUUAAUACUAAUUCUGAUAAAGGAUCCAUUCUUGUGCAUUUGAACAACAGUUUGAGCUUCUGAUGUCCUCUCCGCACCCUUCAUGACCACUUCUGACACCUCAGCAUAUCUCAAACUAGAAAGUCACCUGAGCAGCUGCAGGUGGAGCUUCCUCUGAGGUUCUUUGGGUCUAACUCGGUGCCGUUCAGACUGACAUUGUAUCUCUGGAUUUAUCUGGACUUCAACAGGUUUGUAGUUACCAUGUUGUGGUUUGUUUACACGAUGGAAAGCUUUCUAAUUGGGCACAAACAAUUUACUGUUUACUAAAAUCUUUCCUGAUUUGAUGAAUGUAAUUGCAAAUUAAGCUGGGACUCGUUGAGAUGGCCUUAAAGUGAAACCAGUCUCAGAAGGAAAUGAGUUUCAUGGCUCAGAGUGUUGCGUCUGAUUCUUGGUUGCUCCAUCUGUCCACCAGGGCAAAGCUGCUCUUUGACUUUUACAUUAGAGUGGUGUUUGCACAUGACGCAGUAAAAUUAGACUUUAAAUAAAAACUUAGAGAAGCUGGUGCAGCUCAGCCCAGGAGACAGAGAUGAUUUAUGGGAGAGCGUCACAAAGAAAAAGGAAAAAUCUGGGAGUUUUUCAUCUUUCAUCUUGGACCAAAUCACUUUAUUUCAUCGUAAACAAACAUUUCAGUCUCUUUUUGUUUCCUUAGCAUAUUUAUAUGUAGAUUUUUUAUAUUUAUGUGUUUUUGUUACCAACUUAUGUAUCUGAGUUUGCAUGCAUGCGUCAUGGAGCGGUUUUUGCUAUUUAUAGAUGCACGCCAGCUUCCAGGCAUUUCUAAAGCAUUUCAUUGAUAUUUGAGUUAAAGAGCGUGACUGUUACGCUGUGUGUGUGUGUGUGUGUGUGUGUGUGUGUGUGUGUGUGUGUGUGUGUGUGUGUGUGUGUGUGUGUGUGUGUGUGUGUGUGUGUGUGUGUACUUGCUCUCCAUCCCUGCCCUUUGACCUGCAGAGAGGGGAGCUCUGUUGCCUUAAGAGAGUCCAGAUGAACCUCCUCUCCUCCCUCUUCCUGUCAGUCAUCUCUCCUCACACGCAGCUUCAUGUGUAAAAGUUUUCAGCGUUCACGCUGCAGUUUCUGCAAACGUCCAUUAUACCCUGUAAAUGGCCAGCAGACGGCACAGUUCACUGCUUCAGAUGUUUCAGGGCUGCCUUUGAAUAUGAUUGGAAAAAUUCCUAUGCAUACACACACACACACACACACACACACAUACUGAUGAACACAUGAAGUGGAGGCCCACAUGGCGGGUCCUCUGUAGCAGAACAGACCCUCUGACGGAGCGAGGGAGGAGGCGGAGGAGAAAGAGGAUCAGAUGUAAUCGCUCUCUGAAUGUAAAUAGAACCUUGAGAUUGUCAGUUUUUUUAUUUUCAUUGCUUCUUUUCUAAAAUCAUUGAAUUGCAGUUUGUCUUUUUAUCUUUUGCUCUGUUUGAUUUUGUACUUGUAUUUUGUAUCGACACCCUCCCCUCCAUCGUCUAAUCUUAGGUUUUCCUUUCGUGUCGCUCAGUAGCCUCGAGACGUUUAGAGAAGAUUAGAACCGUAGAGAGAAAAACACUCCCCUUCAUUCAUUCAGUUUCUUUAUAGCGCGUAGCAAUGCAGCAAAUAAUACUGAUUAUUAAAAAGCAUAAAUGUUUCUACAGCUCGCUGAGCUGUUUAAUGGCAGCGGGUGAGAUGAUGUUCUCUGGAUGGACCCGCACUGGAAACAGUCUUAUAGCUCAGAGGGUUUAUUUCGUUGCCUUGGACACGCUGCACUGAUGCCGAUGCGGAUCAAUAAAAAAUCAAUCUGAUGAAAAUAUGUGACGCAGGAUUACACACGGGGACCCCCGUGUUCGGACCCAGAGCUGACGCUUAUUCUUAAAGUUUGUCGAGCAGAGAGACAAACCCGACGAAGCGAUUCACGCAAACCGAGCAGAAAAGACCAAAACCAACAACACCGCGCGCAGCCCAUCCUACCAGCCGUGGGUUUCACAUGGAGUUCUUGAGUCCUAUUUUCAGAGGCGGAUUAAUACAUGUUUGAUUCGUUAAUGAGUAUUUGUCACAGCAGGACAGCGUUUGUGACUUCCUCACAUCCAGAACAAUAACCACUUACUGUAGAUAUAAAACUUUAAACAACCUUCCAAAAUGAUAGUUUCCCAUAAAAACAAAGUUCAUUACUAUCCAGCAAAUAAAUUCUCAUUAUAGUUGAAUUCGUAUUUUGCGCUGUAGUGAGUGUUUGUGACUGCAGGAGGGUGAAUGGGAUUUCCCUCCAUCUGUGGCUCUGAGGUAUAAACUGGUGCGCUCAUCCCACACCAUCAAACACGAUAUUAUUCCUACUUUUAUUUUCACUUGCUCAUUAGGCCACAAAUGAAUUCAAACAGGCAGAAGCAGUGCAUUUGUUGGGAAGCAGGGAAUUACACCACUGUGGUUCUCUACUGUGUGUCUGUGUGACCAUAAACUACAUCUAAAGGAUGGAUGUAGCUUUUGGGCCUCAAAAAGGUGAAGUCAACCUAGAAGUGCCUCAAACCUGCAUUCUUUCCAAAGCCCAGCAGGGGGCGACUCCUCUGGCUGUGUAGAAGUCUGUGACUCAGUGACAGGCCUGUCCUACAUUUUAGGACAGGGCGUCUUGUCCCCUCAAUGCUCACUUCAGGGGUCAAAAAACAAAUCCUAUUAUAGAAAACUAGAUUUUUCACAGUUUCCAGACAAAAAGUGAGCCCACAUCCAGCACUGGUUUUGGUCUUUUCAGUGGAUUUUCCUGCAAAAGAAAAACUACAAGCGAGCUAGAGAAAGCUAGAGUGAACUCAUGGACAGGGAACUGCGUAUCUCGAGCUGAUUAAUCACCGCUGAUUGUGAAAUAACAGCAGCGAGCAAACGCUCGUCUUCCUUCAUGUACAAUAAUCCAAAGUCCGACCUCAUCUUGUUGCCUUGAUGGACGUCUCCCCGCCCUCGACCCCACUCCCGUCCGUCUGUCUCUCUGCUCUGACUCUGCUGUACAGCCCUGUCUGUCUGCCUGUCUGCCUGUUUUUGUCACAGCCUUUUUUAUACGUACAUGUGGAAAAAACAACAAUAUUAAAAAACACUUAAAAAAGACAAAAAUGUAGUUAUGCAUAAUAAUUCUGCUUACAAUAACAACAGUGCUGUAAUCUAAUCAGCUACGAUGAGGACGUCAGUGUCAUCCUCAUGUGGUCAGUAACACAAUCAGUAUCACAGGAUCUAGCAGGGAGGUUAAAGUGGGAGAAGGGGAGGAGUCACACAUAUGUAUACAGAA